GAUGCUUGACUCUGCUUCUCACGCGCGAAUGUUCGGAUGGUUUAUGAUCACUUCGGCUGCGUAGCGAGAUGUCCUUUCUGUUUCAAAGUUUCUGCCUUUGGAUAUUUCUUUCAUUUUCAACCUUAAUUCUGUAUUUACAUAUAUACACACACAGAAUUAUAAAGUACCGACUUUACUUUUCUUAAUUGUUGUUUUCCAUUUACAGAGCUUUAUGGGUUUCCCCUCUAGGCCUUCUGGAAUGGGCAUAAUUUGUUGGAGAUUUCAAGUUUUUAUUGUUAGGUUGAAAUGAAUUCUGAUUGAAAUUUGGUGGAACUUGCUGGAUCGUGGUGACAGGCUUAGUCAGUGGGAAAUAUUUUCUAUGGUUUUCUUGAUAAUCCAGAUUUAAGUUGCCAAGUCAGCCGCACACCUUUUUUCUAUGGUUGAUUUUUUCUUGUUGGGUGGAUUCGUAGUUAACUCCGCAAGAGACAGUAAUGGAGAAAAUGGAGUUUCCGAGAAGAGGUGAUUCGAAUGCUACGGAGAACUUAGAGAAUAAUUUUCUAUUCAUCAUCCGAUUUAGACAAAUCAUUGUGUUACUGUUACUGGUUCAACUCCAGAUCUGGGUGAGCACCGUGUGUUUUCAAUUUUGUUAGAACGUUAGAACUCAUGAUUACUCGUCAUGAGUGAUGUUAAGGACAUCUGUGUCAUUCGUUUCACGUUGGAUCAUUAUUAGGGUGUCAUCAAGGUUUUUGGGAUUACUUCGAUCCUUAUUUUGAGGGCAUUUGUUUGAUAGGGGAAAAUAUGGAAACAUGGGUGCCAUUCUAGCUCAUACAGCAAUGGAUGCUUUACAAGUUGUUUCAUCAGCUACACAAUUAGUGUCGAGUAUGGUGGGGGCUGUUGCUGCAUUGGAGCAAGCCUCUAGGGAUCUUGAAGAAGCUCCGAAGAAAAUCAAAAGACUAGAGGAGUUUGUGUAUGAUCUCGAGAAUUUGACUCGCAGAAUCAAGCAAAAGCAUGUCUCCAAGCUUCAUAACCAUCGAUUAGAUAACCAAAUUCAAAGCUUAAAUGCCCUGGUGGAAAGGCUUCAUCCAAACAUCGUGAAGGCAAGAAGGAUUGUGUCAAGAAGUAAGUUCAAGAACUUGGCAAAGAUAGUGUGGAGUUCUAUGGCUGGGGACCCACUUGGGAAAGUAGUCCAUACAAUCAAGGGUGACUUAAACUGGUGGCUUGACUCUCAAAUAUUGGUGCAAAAUGUUGAGAAGGUGAUAGAAUCCACUGCACAAGACAUCCCAGUUCGGUUAAAGAUAAAUUGUGAACAAGGUUACCCGAUAUCUAGUAAGUGUAACUUCAUAAGGAAUUUACUAGAGCAGGAGGGUUCUCAUCGGGUCAUUCUUAUUGUUGGGUUAUCUGGUAUUGGGAAGUCAUGUAUGGCUCGUCAAGUGGUUUGUGAUCCGCCAGCUAAAUUUGUGGGCGGUGCAGUUGAGCUUUGCUUUGGGCAAUGGUGCAGCAGAGCUGCCUGUAACGGAAACAAGGCCGAAUAUCAGAGCCGAUUAGCUCGAAAAUUUUGUAAAUUUCUUGUGCAGAUUGGAUUUUGGAAGAAGAUUAAGGAUAACGCUGGAGAUCUUGAAUACAUAUGUUGCUUGCUUCAAGAAGCCUUGUACGGGAAGAGCAUUUUGAUCCUUCUCGAUGAUGUGUGGGAGCAGGACAUAAUUGAACGAUUUACAAAACUGUAUGAUAAUGAUUGCAAAUACUUAGUAACAACGAGAAAUGAAGCUGUCUAUGAAAUUACAGAAGCUGAGAAAGUUGAGUUAGGCAAAGAUGACAUAAGGGAAAUAAGCAAGAAAAUCCUUGUGUACCAUAGCCUCCUUAGCGAGGAAGAGUUGCCGAUUAUCGCAGAAACCUUGCUUGAGCGUUGUGGCCACCACCCUCUUACAGUGGCUGUCAUGGGUAAGGCUCUCAGGAAAGAAACAAGAUCUGAAAAAUGGGAGAAAGCCAUCACAAAUUUAUCCACCUUUGCCACAUGUGCACCCGGUCCUGUCUCUUACGUAAAUGAGAAAGAAGCUGAAAACACGCUAACCAUUUUUGGGUCAUUUGAGUUCAGUCUAGAAGCAAUGCCUGGAGACUCUAGGAAGCUCUUCGCAGCUCUUGCUGCUCUUUCAUGGGUUGAACAUGUACCUGAAGCUGGUUUGGAGGCUAUUUGGUCAGUUAUUGGGCAGGAGAGCCUAUUCCCUCUCAUAGUUGGCAAGCUUGUUGAGGGCUCCUUGCUGACGAAAACUGAUACAGAUCCCUUAUAUCAAGUACAUGACAUGGUUUCGCUGUACCUUGAUAGCAAGAAAAAUGAUGCAAUUGUGCUUUUAGUAGAUGAAGCUAGAGUCGAAGAAACAGCAUUUAUUUGCCCUUGGCUUUUUGUUUUUGGGAAAGAAAGCAUCAAAAGAAUUGUUGGACAAAAGAUAGAGAUAUUCCUCAGCGUUUUAGAAGAAAAGCAAGCAGUUAUCACCUUAGAAGCAAUUGUCCAGGCUCUAAUGGCUAGCAAAUCCAUAUCUGAAUAUGAAGUCAGCAGAGCAAGCUUUGUUUGCAUGUUGGGACCUAGAAUUGAAGCCCUUAUAUCAUCUGGUUUACAGAGUCUGGUUGUAGUGUCUGCAGAAGCCAUCACAAAUAUAUUCAAUAGAAAUGACUAUUGCAAUUACGUUCCAUCACUUGAAAGUACUGGUGCAAUUGAUAAGCUGGCAGUUAUACUAGAAAACUGUGAGGACCCCAUGGUCCAAACAAACGUUUCAGCGUUCCUUGCAAAGCUCGCAGAAUUUGGAAGCACAGAUACAGUCGAUAAGGUGCUUCAGAGUAUCCCCUUCAACCAACUGGCUGAUUUGCUCUCUCCUGAAGCUGAGGAAUGGCAUGAGAGCAUGUUUACAAUAUUGAUGUCAUUGGCCAAAGCAGGAAAGUCAAAAGCUGUUGAGAGAAUGAUUGCUUCUGAAAUCGAGAAAAAUCUAAUCAAACUUCUUGAGAAUGGAACUGAAGUGGCACAACAUGGUGCCAUUGUCAUAUUGAAAGCAUUUUAUGAGUUAGGGGGCCAUCCUACAAAUGGGCAUCUUCAACAUGCUAAUCUAAAACUUUUGCCAUGGCAAGUGAGGCUUCGUUUGGAAAGAUUUGUGUUGUCAGACCAGAAUGUUUCCUCUUCACCAAGGCCGCAAACUUUUGAAGAUCUACUCCACAAGGUACUUGAUAGCAAUUACAAGCAGGUAUUGGAAGCAAUGCAAGACCUCAUACCAAUUAUUGAGAAAGCAGGGGACCCAAAAAUCAGAGACAUGAUUUUAAAAAGCCCCCUCAUCAAAAGACUCUUUGAACUUUUACAAACACAGCAGAAGUCAAUGAAAUCCGAGUCUGUCUUUCUAUUAAUGAAGCUAGCUCUCUCUGGUGGAGAAUCCUGCAUUAAGAAAUAUCUGGAGUAUGAUAUUAUUCCCGAGCUAGUCAAGAUGAUGCAGUGCACCAUUCCAGAGUUGCAGGAUGCAGCCUAUACAGCACUACACCAGAUGCUGUUUGGCACUGGUGGGGCCCUGGUUUUGAAGCAUAUAUUUCAGUUGGGUCUCAUAGAGAAGUUGGUUCACUCAAUUGACAGCAGAUCAGCGAAAGCAAGGGAAGUGAACGUCCACUGUCUUCUGGAUGCUGUCGAGUUGGGAACCAAACAAUUCUUGGAGCGGAUGUUUUCUUUGCAAGUGGUGGAGAAGCUUACAAAGUUAGAAAGUGUCAGUGGGGGCUCAGGGGAAACUGUGGUUGGAUUUCUCAAGGGAAUGGAUAAAUGUAAACGUCUUUCUACUGCUGAGCGCAAGGUUAUGAAGCAACAAGUGCUUAGGAAAGUAAGGGCUACCUUGAAAGGCCAUAAAUUUGAAGCGCGGAUUUUGGCAGCUGUAGAUGCCUGUUUAUGUGAAGGAUCAAUGAGGGGAGCCACUAGCAGUAGUAGUGGUAGAAACAGAAAGUCGUAGCUUGGGCUCUCUAGUAUACCAUGGAGGAGAGAUGUACUUUCGACCAGAUCUUUGACUUCUGGCCCUGCUUGUUAUGGUAUAUUUCAACCAACUGCUAAUUCAAUUCUCAA